UCCAUCCAAAAGAGAGAGCCUGCCACAGACACUCCAUCCAAAAGAGAGAGCCUGCCACAGACACUCCAUCCAAAAGAGAGAGCCUGCCACAGACACUCCAUCCAAAAGAGAGAGCCUGCCACAGACACUCUAUCCAAAAGAGACACACUCCAUCCAGAAGAGACAGCCUGCCACAGACACUCCAUCCAAAAGAGAGAGCCUGCCACAGACACUCCAUCCAAAAGAGACACACUCCAUCCAGAAGAGACAGCCUGCCACAGACACUCCAUCCAGAAGAGACAGCCUGCCACAGACACUCCAUCCAAAAGAGAGAGCCUGCCACAGACACUACAUCCAAAAGAGACACACUCCAUCCAGAAGAGACAGCCUGCCACAGACACUCCAUCCAAAAGAGAGUCUGCAACAGAUACUACAUCCAGAAGAGACAGCCUGCCUCAGACACUACAUCCAGAAGAGACAGCCUGCCACAGACACUCCAUCCAAAAGAGAGAGCCUGCCACAGACACUACAUCCAAAAGAGACACACUCCAUCCAGAAGAGACAGCCUGCCACAGACACUCCAUCCAAAAGAGAGUCUGCAACAGAUACUACAUCCAGAAGAGACAGCCUGCCUCAGACACUACAUCCAGAAGAGACAGCCUGCCACAGACACUCCAUCCAAAAGAGAGAGCCUGCCACAGACACUCCAUCUUGUCAGAGACAGCCUCCCACAGACACUCCAUCCAACAGAGAGUCUGCAACAGAUACUCCAUCCAGAAGAGACAGCCUGCCAAAGACACUCCAUCCAGAAGAGACAGCCUGCCAUAGACACUCCAUCCAGAAGAGACAGCCUGCCAUAGACACUUAAUCUAGAAGAGACAGCCUGCCACAGACACUUAAUCCAAAAGAGACAGCCUGCCACAGACACUCCAUCCAGAAGAGACAGCCUGCCACAGACACUCCAUCCAAAAGAAAGAGUCUGCCACAGACACUCCAUCCUGAAGAAACACUCCAUCCAAAUGAAAGAGCCCACCAAAGACACUUCCUUCUAUACAUAGGUAGGAGACUGCCAGAGUCCCCCUCCAUCCUAUACAGAGAUUUUGUCAGACCCCCAUCCUGAGGAUGGCAAUUUGUGAAUAGUCAAUACUACACAGUGCCCUAAAGAGACAUCUCCCAUGACCUCUGUGCAUCUUCAGAAGAUUCAGUACAUCGUAUAGAUCCAGAAGACUCCAUCUUUCACAUGUGCUACAUCCUGAGGAGACACAAUCCAGCAGCAACCAGUCAGACAGGCUCUCUCUCCUAUAGAGACAUCCAAACACACACUCCAUUCAAUAGACACAUUCCAUUCCGAGGUGACAUCCUUUAAGCAUCAGAUACAGCCGGAGAGGGAUGCGUCAUGUAGAGACUUCUGCAUCUAAUCUCACAGGAACUUCAGCACCAUCUAUCCAACUGUGUAAUUGUAGCUUCAGCCCAUCAGAUGUUCCUCAUCUAAUAGAGACAUGUAGUGAUGGAGCCUGGACUGGCUCCAUGAGAGAGAACCUGUGGAAUGAGGGGCAGCAAUGAAUAGAGCCUUCCAGUACCUUCUUUGUUGACAUAUGUCCUCUUACUUGAGGGGAGUAUAGAUGUAUUAACUCUGUGUACACUUGGACUCCAGAUCAUAUCUGUCUCUGUGAGACAACCAAGACCUUCAUUGGAUGUGGAUCAGUCUAGCCGGGUCAAGCAAUUGAGAGAGGCUCUUCCGAGAGGUGCGAGGAGUGCCCAGCAGAGUAAGGUGUUUCUUUUGGAUUCCAAGAAGAGUAUGAACCUGGGCAUCUUCUUGAAGCAGUUUAAGAGACCUGUGCAAGUAAUGAUUGCGGACAUCAAGCAAGGAGUCGGGUCUAACUUUGGUGCAGAGAAAUUGGGGGAGCUGCAGCGACUGCUUCCAGAAAAAGAUGAGGUGAAGAGACUCCGAGCUUUUAAAGGAGAGCGGAGCGGUUUGUCUGAUCCAGAACUUUUCAUGGUGAUGUUGGUGGAAAUUCCCAGUUUCCACCAACGACUAGAAGUGAUGAUCCUGAAGGAAGAGUUCUUUCCCCACCUCAACUCUCUGAAGCAUGCGGUGGAGAUCCAGAUGGCGGCUGCCACCGAGCUGCUGCAGUGCGAGGAUCUGCACAUCAUCAUCCACCUGGUGCUGAAAGCUGGAAACUACAUGAACGCCGGUGGAUACGCAGGGAGCGCAAUGGGAUUUCGAAUGGGGUCUCUCCUAAAACUGGCUGACACUAAAGCAAAUAAACCAGGAAUGAACCUCAUGCACUUCGUAGCCAGGGAGACAGAGAGAAACAAUGGUUCACUUCUGACCUUCCCGGAGAAGCUGCCACAUAUCAGCCAGGCAUCCCGUAUCACAUCUCAGGAGGUGGAGAGUGACCUGGAGACCCUAUCUCAGAGACUUCAGACCACCAAGGAGGCUCUUCACAAUCAGCCAGACUUGAAGCAUGAAAUGGCACCCUUCCUGCAGGUAGCGGAGGUGGAGCUGUGUGAGGUCCUAUGUUCUCUGCAGAGUAUGAGAGACACUUGCCGGGCUUUGAUGGAAUAUUUCUGUGAAGAUGACUCCACGUUCCGGUUGGAGGAAAUGUGUCUCGUUUUCACCACCUUCUGCACCAAGUUCAUGUCUGCUAUUCAGGAGAACCGAGAGCGUGAGAAGGCUGAACAUCGGAAGGAACGUCUAGAGAAACGACGUUCAAUAGCAAGUUGUUCCUCACAAGACAAAGACCUUCAAGAUGUGGAAUUGGAGUUUUUGAUGCUUCGUUUUCCCCGCAGAAGUCGCCCAAGUAGAGGUCCACGGCCUCUCCCUCGUAGCCACUCAAUGGAGGUCCUUAAUACUUCACCCCUGAGUGGUGCAUUGCCCAAAGCCUCUGUGAGCACCUCAACCAACGUGACCGUGGAGCCCAUCAGGGAGGAGGAUGAUCACAUUGCAGAGAGCAGGCAGGGUCACGGACUGAGGAGACAACGAGAGGACAGCACAGAAUCUGAGGGAACACAGGAGACUCCUGGAAAGAUGAACAGGAGACAUACACUUGGCUGCCUCCCUUCUUACAGAGCAGAAGAGGAGGUGCAAUCCAUUCUUAUUACCUCCCCAGUAGCAUCUUCUACGGAUUCAUUGGUAUUAACUUGUGAGCCAGGCUCCCGCUCCUACCCAUGCUCUCCCAAUGUGAACUCCAUCAGCCAGGUUCUAAAAUUCAGUACUCCAGAUAGUUCUCAGAGGGACCCUCCCUCUCCUACCUCAGGCACCCCAAGCCCUUUCCGUCUGGGAGGACUCUUUCAGAGGAGAGGAAAUUUAAAGAGCCCUGAACCUCUAACCAUCCAACUAUUGGAUGGCUCCCCACGAGGAGGCAGUGAGGCCUCGGCACUCACCACCUUUCUGAGGCGUUUUGACAAUGCACUUCGAUCACCAAAAUAAGAAACAAAGGAUCCAAACUUCUGGCAACUUUACCAUGGUAUCUUCUAAUGUCACCAGCAUUGGCUAUCGAAGCCUCAUCCAGAUGGUCACCAGGGCAUUGGAUGGUUCCUGCACCAGGAGGGUGACCCCCCAUACCUCUUAAUCAUGUUUCUUGUGUUUUAAUCAUUGACCAGUCAUAGAAGUCAUUCGGGGGGUGGGGGUAAAUCGGCUGUGUCCCCGACUGACCCAUUGUUACUAGGAGAGGGUUCCAGAGGAGGCCUGCUUCGUGCCGGACUCUCAUGUUCCUCUCUGCUGACUAUUUUACUUUGAUCUGGGACGUUAUUAGAAGACACAGCUCUACCAUUUUAUGGUUCUUAAAUGUCCAUGCUGGACCGUUCUGCCCCGGCAGGUAUUCCCAUUGCGCCCCUGGCCAGGCACAAUCUUAAA